AUGGAAAAUCAAGAUGCUGAUAAAGAUGUGCCAGGCAUCUUGUCCGACAUGCUGACAGAGUCUCAAAUUUAUAAGGAGAAUGAUGAUGUGACCUCUGAGAAUAAUACUAUGAGUGAUGAUGAUCAUGUCCAGGAAAAUAUUGAGGUUGAUAUUGUUGUAGCCCAUGGUGGUGUUGUUAAUAACCAUGAUGAGAAAAUAAAACCUGCAUCCAAAGGAAAGAAGGAUCAUGCAGUAAAAGAUGUGGUAAUUAAUGAUGAAAACAUAUCCAUGGGGUGUGAUAUUAAUAGCAAGGGUAUAUAUGCUGGAAGUAGUAGCUCUCAAAUGUUGUGGUGUAACCAAAUGCUCAAAGAUUUCACCAAAGAUGGUAAUGAAGAUGUCAACUCGAAUGUGCUCGACAACAUGUAUGGCAUGUUACUGAUUGAGUUUCCCAUUCAAAGGAAGGAUGAUCAAGUUUCCCUUUUUAAUUCUAAAGUAAAUAGAAAGCUUGUUCAAACAAACUCAGAGACAAGUAAUGAAGAAGAUGUCUUGGACAUUAUGCACACUGUAAGGAUAAAGGUUGGUGGGAAGAGAAUUUACGUGUAUGUCUAA